AUGCAAAUUUUUGUCAAAACUUUAACGGGAAAAACUAUCACGCUGGAGGUCGAGCCGUCAGACACAAUUGAAAAUGUUAAAGCUAAAAUACAAGACAAGGAGGGCAUUCCCCCUGAUCAGCAAAGAUUGAUUUUUGCUGCACGUUUUAUUAAUUCUGCAGGAAAGCAGUUGGAAGAUGGGCGAACUCUGUCUGACUACAACAUUCAGAAAGAAAGAGGGAUGCAAAUUUUCGUGAAGACCCUCACGGGCAAGACGAUAACGCUUGAAGUGGAACCAUCUGAUACGAUAGAAAACGUUAAGGCAAAGAUUCAAGACAAAGAAGGAAUUCCUCCUGAUCAACAGCGCUUAAUUUUCUUAGAAGAUGGCAGGACCCUUUCUGAUUAUAACAUUCAGAAGGAAAGCACUCUUCAUUUGGUCCUAAGGUUGAGAGGAGGAAUGCAAAUAUUUGUCAAAACGCUCACCGGCAAGACUAUUACGUUGGAGGUAGAGCCGUCGGAUACAAUUGAAAACGUAAAGGCUAAAAUUCAAGACAAGGAGGGCAUUCCACCUGAUCAACAGAGGUUGAUAUUCGCUGGUGUGUAUUUAAUAUUUUUUAAUUUUUAA